UUUAAUAUCCGUCGAAAAAUGAAACAACCAACGCAAGAUGGCCAACGUUCUCUUCCGCUUCUCUGUUUUCUCGAUUUCUCUAUUUCAGGUCCUCUCCGCCGCCAGCGGAGGUUCUUACUCGAGGGUGAAGUUUCUGCCGGGAUUCUCGGGUCCUCUUCCUUUCCUACUCGAAACUGGAUACGUGGGAGUGGGAGAUUCAGAGGAAAUCCAAUUGUUUCACUAUUCCGUCGAAUCCGAAGGAAAUCCCCAAACCGACCCUCUCCUUCUCUGGCUCACCGGUGGUCCCGGUUGCUCUACUCUUUCUGGACUUGCCUUUGAAAUUGGGCCCAUAAGGUUUAAAGAAGAGUUAUACAAUGGGAGCCUACCUGAACUAAUCUUGGACCCUCACUCAUGGACCAAGAAAUCCAGCAUAAUCUUUGUUGAUCUGCCGAUGGGCACGGGGUUUUCAUAUAGUACAACUUCAGAAGAACGGAAGCCGGGAGAUUUUAACCAAAUUCACCAUGCUCUUCAAUUUUUGAGAAAGUGGUUGGUUGAUCAUCCAAAAUUUAUAUCAAACCCAUUCUAUGUUGGUGGAGACUCAUAUUCUGGUAUAAUUGUUCCGAUUCUUGUCCAAGAAAUUUUAGAAGGAAAUAAGCAUAUUUUUCCAUUUAUAAACUUCAAGGGAUAUAUAUUGGGAAAUCCUAUAACCAUUCGGGGUUCAAAUGAAAACUUUGCAAUCCCUUUUGCUCAUAGCAAGACCCUCAUCUCUGAUGAAUUAUUUGAGUCGUUGAAAACUAGUUGCAAAGGAGAAUAUGUGAACAUUGAUCCAAGUAAUGUCGAGUGUUUAAGACAUUACAAUACAUACGAAAAGUGUAUUUCACAAGUCUCGGAGGGAUGUAUUUUGCGGCCCAAAUGUGUGCUUCCGUCUUCGAAUCAACAUGAUAUAUUUGGCCGCAGAUCUCUCUACAACACCCCUGUUCAUCCUGGUUGCGUUUCGUAUAAGUAUUUGCUUUCUUAUGAUUGGGCAAACGAUGACCAAGUUCAAAGAGCACUUCACAUACGUGAGGGAAGCAUUGGAGAAUGGAUAAGAUGUAAGAAAAAAGAUUAUCAAUAUGAAAUUAAGAGCGUUUUUCCUUAUCAUGUGAACCUUAGUUCUAAAGGUUACCGGUCUUUGAUCUAUAGCGGGGAUCAUGAUAUGAUGGUGCCAUCUAUGGACACUCAAGCAUGGAUCAAAUCUUUGAAUUAUUCUAUUGUUGAUGAUUGGAGGCCAUGGUUCAUCGAGGAUCAAGUAGCUGGCGAUAUCUUCUCCACGGCCCGCCUCAGCUCCUCUCUAAGCAUCCGGAAGGAGAAAUCCGGCGGGGAUUUUGCGAAGGCGAAGUUAAAAUCGAUGUUCUCGGAGCCGACGUUCAACGUGGUGAUGAGGAUAGUGGCGGGAAAACGGUUCUACGGCGAGGGAAUUUUGUGCAGUGAAAUGGAAAAUGCGAAAGACCCCUAUGGCGUGCGCUGGACCCCUAUGGCGUGCAGAGGGAGAGGGUGUACAGAGGGUGUGCAAUGAGAAUUCGGUGGAGAGGAUGGAUCCCAAUGCUGACGGAGGGAAGGGAAGAGAGAGAGGAGUAAAAGAGGGGAAGAGAGAGAAAGAAAAAUAAAAUGAAAAAUAAAAGAAAAUAUACAAAUAUGAUAAAAAAUAAUAUAGAAUUAAACAAAUAUACAACUCAUCGAGCCACAUCAGCAUUCUUAUCAACCAAAAUUUAACUCCAUAAACCUUUCAGAACUAUUUUCUAAAAGGUGGGGAUUAAAUUGUUACUUUUUGAAAUUUAUAGAGACUUAUCUCCAAACUCAGGUACUAUUUUACCAUAAUAAUAAUUUGUUUUUGAAA